AUGGCGAGGAUGACUUUGAUGGAUCCUCGGCAGGAGAAAGGAAAGAAGGGGCCAGCGGCGCCUUCGCCAGAGGAUGCCCAGGAGGUCCAGGCUGCCAAGCUUGAAACCGUUGCGGAAGACGAUUGGGGCGGUUGGGGAUUUUCAGUGCCUAUGAGGACAGAAAUCGAGGAGGGGAAAGCGAAUGCCAUCCAGGAUGGUGUCCAGGAGAAUCAGACUCCCGCCGCAGAGGAGAGUGCGGAAGGCGAUGCUUCUAAGCCUGGUGCAUCCGAGGACAUGGAGGAUCCUUGGGGUUGGGUUACUGCGAAGAAGCAUGACAAAGACCCACCACAUACCUCACGGGCAGCAAUUCAAGGGGACAAAGCUACCGCUUCAGAAGAGAGCAACGUUCCCAAGGCUACGGCGUCGGAGGAAGAUGAUGAUCCUUGGCGAGCAUUCGGUCGAAGCGGAAAGAAAGCGAAGAGAAUGGCCAGGAAGCACGUCUCGUGGGAAGACAAUGAUUGA